AUGCCGGAAAAUGCACACCCACCUCUUCACGACCCUCGUUUACCUGUCGAUAGCCUUCGACUAAGUGAAUCGCGUCGGAUGGUGAAAAUUAACGCAGAAAUUUAUCUGGCAGAACGCUUCACACACAUGAUACGACAGCUCAACGAUAGGGUGAUGGCGCACCUCACGGACAACGGGACGGUCCUCGAAGCCUUCGCAGUGACCAAUGGAUUGAAGCACGGCUGUGUUCUCACGCCUAUCCUCCUCAUUUUUAUGCUCCCUGCCACGCUGAUGGAUGCCUACCGUGACGAACGCCCCGGAAUCCACAUCAGCAGCGGCACACAAAUGCAAGCAGUGGACGUGCAGAAGGGUUUGGGAAUAUGGAUCUCGACCUCGAUUAAACCCAUGAUGCACUGUUCAAAGUAG